AUGUCUCUGCGAAAUCAGAGCAACUUGGCCAAUGCUUUAUGUAACUUGGAUUGUGGAUCUCAUGGUCAAUGCGACACGGGUAAGUGUCGAUGCGAUUCAGGAUGGACUGGUCCACGAUGCGAACAGCUUCCUUGUGACGUUAGAUGUCAGGAACACGGUCAGUGCAGAAAUGGAACCUGUGUGUGUUCGCAGGGGUGGAAUGGACGUCACUGUACACUACCUGGCUGUGAAAACGCUUGCUCAGGUCAUGGUCAAUGUACACUCGAAGAAGGCCUCUACAAAUGUGUCUGUAUCCCUGGCUGGGCUGGUUCAGAUUGCAGUAUACCUCUAGAACAAGAUUGCCAAGAUGACAUGGACAACGACCACGAUGGCAUGGUCGACUGCUCCGAUAGCGAAUGCUGCUCACAUCCGAGUUGCUCUGACCAUAUAAUGUGCAUCGCCAGCAACGAUCCAGUUGAGGUUUUGCUUCGCAAGCAGCCACCUUCAGUGACCGCUUCUUUCUACCAACGAGUGAAGUUCCUCAUUGAAGAAAACUCAGUACAAUCCUACGCACACAUGGAUGAGUAUACGGAAAGAGGCUUUUUCAACAGCUUCUUUGGACCUUCAUUACUCCUUCAUUUACUAUUCUUGGUCUACGAUAAUGAUAAACAAGAACAUGUCAACUCGAUGGCCAUGUUACCAAAAUCGUCUAGUAACCCCACAUUUACAUUACUAGCCUAA